AUGAAGAAUGUUCUUAUACAUAAGGGAAGAACGUACAAGACACGUAGCAACAUAAGGAUGAAGGUUCGAACACCAUCUGGAAAGCUGAUCAACAGAAGAGUCAAGAAGAAUGCAAAGAAGCACAAGUGCCACGAAUGCAAUGCAGAGCUGAGCAGCAUUGCAAGGCUGAGGCCUGCAGAGUUUUCUCGGCAGAAGGUUUCUGCAAGACGAGUCAACAGGGCAUAUGGGGCCACGAUAUGCGGAAGAUGUGUUGAAGACAAGAUCAUCGGUGCAUUCCUUGCAGAUGAGGAGAGGAUUGUCAAGGAGAAGAUUGGCAUGGUAGCCGGCAACUAA